UGACGAGUUAGACGAGAUAUAUCUGCCAUCGCGGCGAGUACCCAAGACCAGCCGAGAAAAGCGCGUGAUCAAGGUUGUAAUCAAGAAUGUCACAGAGCGCGUCUGCCGCUUUGUCAUUAUUAUUGCUGGUGUUGGUGUCGAUCCUGUUGCCGACACAUGGAAAAGAUGUUGGAGAAAUAUGCACAAUCGGAAAUUCGGGCAACCAGGGUAUAUGCAAGAUUUUGCAAGACUGUCCAGUAAUUUAUCAGGAAUUAUUGGCCGGCAAAAUGCCGGAAAAUAUUUGCGGCUUCUUAGGUUUUGAUCCGGUAGUUUGUUGCCCGACAACAAUGCGUACUACAAGACCACCGCCAAUAUCGGUACCACAGACUACCGAAGCAGUUCAAGUAGAGGUAGGACGACCUUUGAAGCUGGAUGGCAGCAGAGGAUCAUUAGCGCGAAUAAAAUGCGCGGAAGCCGCGGAAGCUGUCUAUGGCUUGGAAAUACCACCUAUACCGAUCCUUCAUCGAAAGCCCGUCAAUGUGUCGCGUUGUGCCCUGAAAACGCGCAAGCUGAUCGUCGGCGGCGUGAAAGCCGAGCCGAAAGAAUUCCCGCACAUGGCAGCCGUUGGUUUCGAUAUUCGCGGAGAUAUCCAGUGGAAAUGCGGCGGCAGCUUGAUUUCCGCCAAGAUCGUCCUGACAGCGGCACACUGCACUUGGAAUGGAAACUGGGGACCUGCGGAAUGGGUGCGAGUUGGUGAUCUGAAUCUUGUGCAAACGAAUGACGACGCGAUGCCGCAAGAUAUUAGAAUUGCAGAAAGGAUAAAGCAUCCUGAUUACAAAGGCCCGUCAGAGUAUCAUGACAUAGCUAUAUUACGAUUGGAAAAAGAAGCUACCUAUAAUGCAUGGGUGAGACCAGCGUGUCUUCCGGUUGACUUGCCUGACGUAGGCACGGACAAUAAGGCCGUUGCCACUGGAUGGGGUUUAGUCGAUUGGUCUGAAGACGAAGGCUCGGACAAUUUGUUGAAAGUAACGCUCAAUUUAGUAAGCCACGAGUCUUGCAAUGCAAGCUUUUUCGAUGGCGGCACCAGUGCACAGCUUGCAUCUGGCAUAGUCAACGAAUGGCAAAUAUGUGCGGGAGAAGUGGGAAAAGAUACUUGCCAAGGUGACAGCGGAGGACCACUCGCCGUCUUUAACAACGAUCAUGAGUGCAUGUAUAACAUAAUUGGAAUUACUAGUGUUGGACGUUUGUGCGGCAGCAUCAUACCCGGCGUGUACACUCGAGUCUAUCACUACAUCCCUUGGAUAGAGAGAACCGCAUGGCCGGAAUACUUUCGAAACAAUUAAUUAAAAAAUUUUUAAUUUUUCUAAUUUAAAUGUAUUUUUUUUUAAUAUUAAAUACAUUCCUUCUUUUAUAUGAUGUAA